GAGCUCUCAUUGUUUGGAGAUGUAUUUGGCACUGCAUGAAAAUGAGUAUUAAUUUAAAAAUUGAUAAUUAACUUCAGUCAGUUCUACAUAUACUCCACAUUGUUCUUGUUGCAGUGUGUAAAUUACUGGCAAUUUGGCAACACUCUUCCUUUUCUUUCCCAUUUUGGUUUAAAUUUAAUGUCUAAAAUUGAAUAAGAUUUCAGGUUUAAUUUGAGAUAUUUCUAGCGGAGCAACCACUGCAGAAACAGAGCAACCCUCCCUCCUCUUUCACAUCUGCUGCCUCCUCCCCAGAUUACCCGGCAACAGGAUGGCAAAGGCUCAUGAUGACCUGGCCAUUCAAGAAUUACCAAAGGUCCGCCCAGAUGAGGUUCAAUUUAAGUGCAUGAGAUUUCUCAAUUAGAAAAGAAUGGGUGGACCGGCCUGAUGCGGAUGAGGUCAGUGUUCAUGGUCGCCAUGUGUACGUCACCUCAGGGUUGGAGAGUGUAAACAGGUCAAUAAACAGGGAAGUUAAGGACAAGCAUCCUGGCUUUAAUAAAUUUCUGCGGAUCAUCAAAGAAAAGGAGCAAAAAACAUAUGAUGUCUACAAGAAUAUCCGCUUCACAGGCAAAAAAUCAAAUGGGAGGAGCAACUAUGAGCGUAAGAGCACAAGUAACAUCCAAAGAGACACUGACAUCACCACUGCAGCUGAGUGCCUCAGAUGUGUCAACGAUGAGUUAAUGUUUUUGACUCUCUGCCAACCAACAUUGAGAGAGGACUUCCACACCCUGCACCUUUUCAAUGAUUAUAAUCCAACUGAGCCACUCACACGAAACCAAGUUUAUAGUGAGGAAGAGGAAGACUUGAAUCCUGAUGAGCCUGAUCCUCAAGGUGAUAUGGACAUGAUUGACGAAGAUUGUAAUUGGAACAGUCACGCAAUGCAGGACAUAGAGAGAAAUUCAGAAGUAAACGUAGAGGAGGAAGAGAAUAGGGACAGAGGAGAUGGUACGGACCAAGUGGGUGCAGAGAUAGUGGUUGGACAUGAAGAACAGAAUGACAGAGGAGAUGGCAAUGACCAAGUGGAUGCAGAGAUGGUGGUUGGAGAUGGAAGAGGUAGACAAGAAGUGGUGCUGAGUCAGACUGGGCAAGGCAGGAGACAAAGACCGAGGAACAGAGAAAAGACAAGAUUAGGGUUAAAUCAUACGGGGAAAACGCCAGGGAGAAACGCACAUCUUAAUUGAAGAGAAAGUUGAAGAAGGCCGCCAGGAACAAAGACCAACCUGCAAAUGCUGGGCGACCAGUGACACAGCCAG